AUGGUGAAAAAGUCAGUGAAUAACAAGGACAAUAGUCCUGUUGGAAUAGGAAGCUCAGUAGAUCCAAAAGAACUACGAAUGAUUGCCAGUGAUUCAAACCACACUUUCCAAGUCAGCUCGUUUGAUGCCCUAAACACCAUUCAAAAUAAACUCACUAGCACUGCAUGUAAAGCCUGUAACACAAUGAUAUCCAAUGUUUGUUUCGUCCUUCACUCCUCUGGUAGUGAAAGAGCUGUCAAUUUUCACAAGCAACUCGAGUUUGUAAAUAUGGUUGUGAACGAAUUCUCGUUCGAACAUGGUGCCAAGACACAUGUCUGUCUUAUCACAUUUGCUUCUGGUGCCUUUCACGAGAUACAUCUCAGACAAUACCAUGACAAGAAUUCUAUUAUGACAAACGUUCUUAAAGUACCAUGGAGGAAUGGUGAAACAAUGACGAACGCAGGUCUUAAUGCUGCCAAACAAGAGCUUAGCCACAGUCAAGGAAAUAAAGUGGCAAUAGUGCUAACAGACGGACUGUCAAAUAAACCAGCAUUGACAAUACAGGCAGCAAACAGCUUACACAGGCUUGGCAUCGAGACCUUUGCAGUAGGAAUAGGACGACGAGUCAAUGAUCAUGAAUUGGAGGUUAUUGCUUCUAAUAAGAGACAUGUGUUUAAAGUUGGUACAUUCGACCAGCUUGCACAAAUCAAUCAACGUCUUGUCAACAGAAUCUGCGCAACUGCCAGAAGACAACAGACCAAGACAACUACAACACUCACCACUAAAAGACCUCAUACCACUAGAAAACAUGCUACUGAAGGGCCGUCAAAAGCAUCGACUGCGACAACUCUCGCCCCCGCAACAGCUACUACAGUGCCUCCUGCCGCAUCAAAACGUGCCAAGUUUUCCAUCGAUACCAAUGACGUCCGCUUUAGCGUUGUGUCCUUCUCUUCCGGUGUCCGAAACGAGUUCUUCUUUAACAAGUACAAUUCCAGGCAAAGCGUUCUUCACGCUAUACAUAAUAUUCAGUAUAUUGGACAAGGGACCAAUACAUCCGGUGCUCUGAAUUUCGUAGGCACGCAAACACUACUUCCGGCAAAUGGCGCCAGGAGUACUUCUUCCAAGUUUGUUGUAGUCAUCACCAACGGACGAUCUGACAAUCAAGCCCUAACCAAACACGAGGCGCAACUACUACAGAAACAAGCGGAAGUAAUCUCUGUGGGUAUUAAACCGGUUGAUGACCGGGCAGAACUAGCCAGCAUCGCUUCGAACCACCUCGUUGAAACAGGAAACAGUGACGCAUUAAUUAAAAUCAUUAAAACACGAUUAUCUAAUCCAGUAUAUGCAUUGGAAAUGAAUAUAACAAUGAACGGAAUAUUUCUAUGUUUUCUAGUCAUUGGUACAGUUUGCUACAGUGUCAAUGCUAUUGAUAAAGCAUGCCCUUUCAAGCCCGUCGAUAUUAUCUUCGUUCUUGAUGGUUCAGGCAGUGAGGGUCAAAAAAAUUUCGACAAACAGCUUGACUUUGUUUCGAACAUAACCGAGCAAUUUGAAAUUGGUGAGAAUGAUACCCGUGUUGCGUUGGUCACAUUCUCUACCGCAGUUCACAACGAAUUCGACCUUAACCGGUACUACAAUAAGACAGUGCUUCUCUCACAUAUAGCAAAGGCAAGGUAUUAUAACGGGGAAACAAACACACAUUUAGCACUUCAAUAUGUGCGCGUACAUACAUUAAAUCGGUACAAAGGUGCUGAAAGAAAUGUGACAAAGCUUGUCAUCGUGUUGACAGACGGACGGUCGUUAGAAUCGAUCGAACGUGCUGCCCGUGAUUUGAAGGGAAACCCACUUGUCACUACAAUAGCCGUUGGAAUAGGAAGCUCAGUAGAUCCAAAAGAACUACGAAUGAUUGCCAGUGAUUCAAACCACACUUUCCAAGUCAGCUCGUUUGAUGUCCUCGACACCAUUCAAAACGAAGUUACUGACACUGCAUGUAAUGCUUGUAACAACAUUCAGUCCGAUGUUUGUUUCGUCCUUGAUUCCUCUGGUAGUGAAGGUGCUGUUAAUUUCCACAAAUAGCUUGAGUUUGUAAAUAUGGUUGUGAAUGAAUUCUCGUUCGAAGAUGGCACACAGACACGUGUCUGUCUUAU